AUGGCAACAAGACAGGAGCGGAUGCGAGAUCGCAUGCGCGGGGCAGGGAGACACAAUGUUGGAGAUAUUGACUUUGGGUUCGUCAUCCCCGUCGCCGGAGAACCGACGGCGGAACCGGAAGAGCCCCUGACACACAACUCGACACCACCACCGCCACCUCCUCCAGCGACUCGACCAUCUCCCAAUACCUCCGCAAAACGACAAUAUCCCGGUCGUCAUGGCCCCCGAGCGAGCCCAACACCAUCCCGGCGCUCCGCCACCGGCCACGACAUCUACAGUAUCCCCGACGCCAGCACCGACGCAGGCGACAUCGACACCGCACGAAAUACCCAACCCCCACAAGCCCAAGGCGCGAGAGUGGAAGUAGUAGUAGAAGAAGAACCAGAAGACCACCCCAUGGCCGACGCCCCGUCCUCCCUCCCACCAUCCACAGCCAACCAGCCCCAACGCCACCACCAGCGCCAGCGAGGCCCCCUCUCCAGCAUCAUCUCCGCCACAAAACGCCUCGCCUUCGACCCUUCCUCCCCGCUGGCGGCUGCUGCCCACAACGAACUCGCCUCUGCCAUGGACAUUGAACCCCGUUCCGAGCCAGACCCGCCCGUUGUCAGUGCUAGUCUACCGGUCGAAAUGGAAGUCACCGAGUCCCCCGCCGAUGCACCGGGUAGUGGUCGGCGUCGGCCACUGCGUAUGGGCGCGGGUACGCCUGUUGUUGGGUCGAGUGUGCUGCUGCAGAAGAUUGUGGGUGGGUUGGGGAGUAGUGGUGGUGGGGACGCAGCGGAGGAUGGGGAAGGUGGGCAGCACCAGGUGGGGAAUUCGUCGCCUAUUGAGAGGAGGGUGGCGAGGAGGAAGAGGGCGAGGAGUGGGAGUGGGAGUGCGAGCGCGACGGCGAGUAGUGUGGGGGGGAGGACACGGUUUGGGUCUUCUUCGGUGGGGGUUGGGGCUGAGGGGAGUCCGAGGGGGAGAGGGGGGGUGUUGGGGAGGAAAGCGGCUGUUGUGGUAGUGGAAGAGGACGAGGAAGAGGUGGAAGAAGAGGAGGUGGAGGGGACGGUAGCGGAAAGCGAUGGCGGGUUGGAAGAGAUUGUGGAGAAGUCGGCUGUCCAGGUCGAGGAAAUCGAAGAAGAGGUCGAAGAGCUGAGCGGGGAGGCGCAGGAAGAGGUCCCAGAGGAAGAGGAGGAACAGGAAGAAGCAGAGGAGGUUGGGGAGAAGGAAGCUGCUCAGCGGUUAGGGAGGAAGCGUCCUCGUCGGAGCUUACCCGCGCCAUCACCUGAGCUGGGUGACGGGGCCACAGAAGACUCGCCAGUGCCUAAACGGCGGAGGAGAAGAGAGGUUGCCAGCCCGGCGCAGCAACAACAGCCGGCGAAGAAAGGACGGCCAGGCAGGCCACCAAAGUCACGGCUGGCGACGGCGGCGCUAGCACCAGCACGUGAACCAUCACCUCCACGAGAGCCAUCAUCACCACCAGAACCAUCACCAGCCCCACCGCCGCCUGAACGACGAGUGGAACCAAGACCAAAACCAAAACCACAACCCUCCAAACCGACAGGAAAGAAGCGAGGUAGAAAGAGCAAGGCAGCCCAGGCUGAGAACGAGGGCCAAGGCGAAGGCGAAAGCGAAACACCAACAGGCUCCGUCCCUGUAAAUGUCCAGCGCUAUACCAAACCUCGCCGGGCAACAGCAGCAGCAGGCGAUGACGCUGAGGAUGGGGAGAACGCACAAGACGCCAACAACCCUAAAGGCAUCGGCGAAAUCCCAUUCUCGAACCGCAGCGGGGUCAACGCGAUCGACGUGCUCUCGACGCUCUGUGACGAGCUCCUCGAGGCAUACAUGGAGAAGCUGGUUGAGCGUGGUCGGGCGGCCGAGGACGCAGCCACACGACGCGAGCAAAAGACUAUGUACCGGGCCCUGGAGGCGUUCCAGGAGGAGGUGCGGACGAGGUUGUUGGAGCAUACAAUCGCCCUUGACACGCUGCACUCACUUCGGAAACGGGUGCGGGCGGCGCAGCGAGAGAAACUCGGUCUGCGCGACGAGAUCCUCCGGGUGCGCGCCGAGCGUGAACAAGUAGCGCUGCGGAUGGACGCGAUCCGUAUUCGGCACGAGGCUGAGAGCAAGGCCGCGUUGCGCCACAUCACGCUCUCCUCGACCAUGCACGACAUCGAUUUCGCGGUGGAACGCGGCCGGGAUGCACCGGAACUGUCGCCAACCGAGCAGAAGAGGGCUGAGCUGGCGAAUUUGGAGUUGUUGAUCGGUCGGGUGGCGGACCAGGCGUGUUCGCGAAGCGAUGGUGGCGGGGCAUUGAGGCAGAUUCGCGAGUUUAAUGCCUUUUUGGAGAGGGCUGCGGGAGUGUUGGAGGGGAGGUCGUAA